AGAUAUAUGCAGAGUCUGUCGGUCUGAAGGAACUCCAGAGAAACCCCUCUAUCAUCCAUGUGUGUGUACUGGCAGUAUUAAAUUUAUUCAUCAGGAAUGCUUAGUUCAGUGGCUUAAACACAGCAGAAAAGAAUACUGUGAAUUAUGUAAGCACAGAUUUGCUUUCACACCAAUUUAUUCCCCAGAUAUGCCUUCACGGCUUCCAAUCCAAGACAUCUUUGCUGGACUGGUUACGAGUAUUGGCACAGCAAUACGAUACUGGUUUCAUUAUACACUUGUGGCCUUUGCAUGGUUGGGAGUAGUACCUCUUACUGCAUGUCGUAUCUACAAAUGCUUGUUUACUGGCUCUGUGAGCUCACUACUGACACUGCCAUUAGAUAUUCUGUCAACGGAGAACUUACUGGCUGACUGUUUGCAGGGCUGUUUUGUGGUAACAUGCACUCUGUGUGCGUUUAUCAGCCUUGUUUGGUUACGUGAACAGAUCGUCCACGGAGGAGCACCACAGUGGUUGGAACAAAAUCAGCAACAGCCGCUCAAUGGUGUUGGUCAACCAAAUGAGGCUCAGGCUGUUGUAAAUGGAGGUGUUGAAAACGCUGUGCUUGAUCAACCUGCUAACCCAGGUGCUGAGAAUGUAGUUGUAGGCGAGAAUCCUGAAAUUCAAGAAGAACAAGUAGAUGAAGAGGAGGAAGAUAAUGAAGAUGAAGAAGAUGCUGUAGUAGAAGAUGCAGCAGAUGCAAACAAUGGAGCACAAGAUGACAUGAACUGGAAUGCUUUGGAAUGGGAUCGAGCAGCAGAAGAACUUACUUGGGAGCGAAUGCUUGGACUUGAUGGAUCUCUGGUUUUUUUAGAACAUGUCUUUUGGGUGGUAUCUUUAAAUACAUUGUUCAUACUUGUGUUUGCAUUUUGUCCGUACCACAUUGGUCACUUCUCCAUCGUUGGCCUGGGCUUUGAGGAAUAUGUUCAAGCAUCUCACUUUGAAGGCCUGAUUACAACUAUAGUCGGAUAUGUUCUGCUAGCAGUGACUCUAAUUGUUUGUCAUGGCUUGGCAGCCCUUGUUAAGUUCCAGCGAUCACGUCGUUUAUUAGGAGUUUGCUAUAUUGUUGUUAAGGUUUCCUUGUUAGUGGUGGUUGAAAUUGGUGUGUUUCCUCUCAUUUGUGGCUGGUGGCUGGAUAUAUGCUCUUUGGAGAUGUUUGAUGCCACUUUGAAAGACAGAGAAUUGAGCUUUCAGUCUGCCCCGGGUACCACAAUGUUUCUGCACUGGUUAGUUGGAAUGGUUUACGUCUUUUAUUUUGCAUCCUUCAUUCUUUUACUGAGAGAGGUAUUGAGACCUGGUGUCUUAUGGUUUCUCAGGAAUUUGAAUGAUCCAGACUUUAAUCCUGUGCAGGAAAUGAUUCACUUGCCCAUUUAUAGACAUCUCAGGAGGUUUAUCUUAUCAGUGAUUGUCUUUGGAUCAAUUGUACUGCUCAUGCUCUGGCUUCCUAUACGCAUUAUUAAGUAUCUCCUGCCUAACUUUCUUCCAUAUAAUGUUAUGCUCUACAGUGAUGCUCCAGUAAGUGAACUUUCUCUAGAGCUCCUUUUGCUUCAGGUGGUGCUUCCAGCUUUGCUAGAACAAGGACAUACAAGACAGUGGUUGAAAGGUCUUGUACGAGCAUGGACUGUUACUGCUGGGUACUUGCUGGAUCUCCAUUCUUACCUACUUGGUGACCAGGAAGAGAAUGAAAACAAUGCAAACCAGCAGCCUAACAACCAGCAUGCUCGCAAUAAUAAUGCCAUUCCAGUUGUGGGAGAAGGUCUUCAUGCAGCCCAUCAAGCCAUACUUCAACAAGGAGGACCUGUGGGUUUCCAGCCUUAUCGUAGGCCUUUAAAAUUCCCACUCAGGAUAUUUCUUUUGAUUGUUUUCAUGUGCAUAACAUUGCUGAUUGCUAGUCUUAUCUGCCUUACCUUACCAGUGUUUGUGUUUUCAGUAUUUGCUGGCCGAUGGCUAAUGUCAUUUUGGACGGGGACUGCCAAAAUCCAUGAACUGUACACAGCUGCCUGUGGUCUCUAUGUCUGUUGGCUAACUAUCCGAGCAGUGACAGUGCUGGUCGCCUGGAUGCCACAGGGUCGAAGAGUGAUUUUUCAGAAGGUCAAAGAAUGGUCUCUCAUGAUAAUGAAGACAUUAAUAGUGGCUAUACUGCUAGCUGGUGUGGUUCCACUUUUGCUUGGUCUUCUGUUUGAACUGGUCAUCGUUGCACCUUUGAGAGUUCCUUUGGAUCAAACGCCUCUCUUCUAUCCAUGGCAGGACUGGGCCCUUGGAGUUCUGCAUGCCAAAAUAAUUGCUGCCAUAACACUGAUGGGUCCCCAGUGGUGGCUGAAAACUGUUAUUGAACAGGUAUAUGCAAAUGGGAUCCGUAACAUUGAUUUACACUUCAUAAUCCGUAAACUGGCAGCACCCGUAAUCUCUGUUUUGUUACUUUCCCUGUGUGUACCAUACAUCAUAGCUUCUGGGGUUGUACCUCUAUUAGGAGUUACGGCUGAAAUGCAAAACCUAGUUCAGCGACGGAUUUAUCCUUUUCUGCUUAUGGUGGUGGUUUUGAUGGGAAUUCUCUCCUUCCAAGUCCGCCAGUUCAAGCGCCUUUAUGAACAUAUUAAAAAUGACAAGUACCUCGUUGGGCAACGACUUGUGAAUUAUGAACGAAAGUCUGGUAAACAAGGCACAUCAACAACUCCACCUCAGUCUUCACAAGAAUAGAUGGUCAUAUUAAACAUCUUGACCUUCCCUUUGCCUUUACAUGUCCUUUUUUCAUAGACUCUUCUUCAGUCUUUGGAUAUCUCUCCCAAUAAUACUCUCAGCAGUGUUUCGGCUUCUGUUAGCAGCAUCCAGAUAGCAGUUAAGGCUCUGUUCCUUAUCUGCGUUUUCUGAUGUUAUCAAUGCUGUCUGAGGUCUGUAUAUGUGUAAAUAGAAGUAUCCUGACACCCUAAAACCUUGGAUUAAAAAGAAUGUGCAUUGUACAUCUUUAAAAAAAGUAUAUUAAUUUAUUAAAUCUAGUUGUCACUUUAUUUUGGACUGCUGUUCUGUUGACAAUGUGCCACAAAGCAAUAGUGCGAAGAGGCAAGAUGUUUUUAUAAAAUUUGGAGCUUACUUUAUGGUGUUCAUAACAGUUCUUAUUGUAGUAAUAUAGUAUGAUUUUUCAUGAGUGGAAAGGCCACACAGAGAAUAUCAAAAGUAAAUAACUGUCUUACAGUCAGCAAUGAAGUGGCUGUGGUGAGAACAUAAUGAACUAUGUAUCUUGCUGUCAGGUCUUUUUUAUUAUUUUGUAUAACACCAAAGCUGUUGUACAUUUUUCUAUUGCCUGAUUGUUUUUCAUGUGUC